AUGACACGAGACACAGUGCUGGCGUCAAGAGGUAACGCCAGUCGACUAACUACCAAGGACCUGGAUCUCCCGUCCACUGCUGAAAUUAAUCGGAUUGCAAUUUACAGCCACCUCACGCCGAGACUACUAGAGCUGUUACAUUCAGCGAAGGCGCACCAAAACACAUACAACUACAAAUGGUGCUGGGCAAAAGGCGCAGCAAUCUUCCUAGGCAAAACGGAUUCUUCUAUGACGAUCCGUCUGAGGUCGAUUGACAACUUAACUAAGUUAAGAAUGCGUGAACGCCCUGAAGCUUGAUCGGAGAAUCCUUGCAGCUAAGUUAAAACUACUAUUAUGUUUUAUCACAAAAAUCAUACAAAAUAUAUCCGAAAUAUUACUAUGAAAAGCUCAGGCAGGAACAAAACUACAAUGAAAUCCAUUCUAACACAAUGGUUUGUGUAGACCUUGCUCAAGCUUGCCGCGAGCGAUAUUUCCUUCAUCAUGUCACCCAGUUUAUUCACUCCAAUCGGUGAAUUUUCAAACCAUAUUUCGUCGCUAGGGAGAAAAUCAGUAGUUUGAUUAGGAUUGAGGAUUUUUUGAAAUAUUUUACAGGACAAUUUGACAUUCCAGUGCUGAACAUUUUUGGAUCACUUUCGAAGGCUUUUUCCCUUCCACGGCGACCGUGUUGAACCAGUUCACGCGAAGUAAACUUAUGAUUUUGUACGAUUUGGCAUGGACAAGUGCGCUGAAAUUCAAUUCUUGAUAGAAUUUCUUUAACCUCUCAGAGAGAACUUCUGGUGAAAGACUUUCCAAAACCUCACUUGCCAGUUUUAAUAAUUCAGUAUCGACCACAUUUAAAACUAAAAGGAAUUAAAGACAAGUGUUUGAAUUAACCCGGCUAUUACACCACGAUAAUGACGUAAUUACUCCCCUAACAGAAUAACUAGUCGAUAUUUCUCCCCCCAUAGUUUUAAGGAAAUGAAAACGAAGUUUUCAAAAGAUGAGACUAUCUCUAGCUUUUCUGUUUUUCAUAACAACGUAGUCAGCCUUAAUCGGAACCUGGAGAAUCUUCAAACGCAACUUUUGCAUGAAGUAGAUUUUCAUUUUAAUGUUAUCGGAGUUACUGAAACAAAAAUCAUCAAUGCUAAUUUACAAAUGUGCACAGCACAUAUACCUGGCUACGUAUUUGAAUAUGUUCCAACAUCUCUGGCGUCUGGGGGAGUAGGAAUGUUUAUUGAUGAAUCGCUUGAUUAUCGUAUUUUAGAAAAGACCUCUAAUGAAGCUUUUCAUGUAUUGUGGACUGAGUUCUCCUUUGUGAAUAAGAAAAAU